GGCGUCCCGCGAGCGAGUCAGUCGUCACGGAGCGAGUGGGCUGUGGGGGUUUUGGUGGGCGCGCUGGAUGUCAGCCUGGCCGGAGAGAGUGGGGUUGGGGCUUAGUGUUUAGUACUCUCGGUUCUCCGGGGUAUGAUGGCAGCGGGGACUUCUUCCUAUUACCGGGGCGGUCUGCAGCCCCUCAAGGCCACCUUCCCUUUCCAGCUGCAGCAGCGACGAAGUGGAGAUGGGGGCCGGGCAGCUAGCGUUCCAUGUGCUACUGGCCCCAUUGAGAAGGCAUGCCGGAAUAGACCUCCCAGAGUGAGGCGCACUUCUUCCCUGGACAACGUCCUUGGAUCAUACCUCCUGGGUCAAUGGCCCCGGGAUGCUGAAGGAGUCACUGUAGCACAUAUGCGGGACAAGUCUACCCAGACUCCUGUGUCCUGGCAUGAAGCAGAGGCAGGAAGGGCUGCAGCCCAUAAGCGUUCUGCCUCUUGGAACAGCAUGGAUCAUCGUAAAGAGAUUGCUAAACUGAAGCAGCAGCUCCAGCGAACAAAACUCAGUGCCUGCAACAGCAAAGAGAAAGACCAGAGCUCCCCCAUCCAGGGGGAUCACACGGUGCUCUUGUCAACUAAGGUUUCACCACCAGCUCCCUUUCCAGUCUUGGCUACUGUGUCUAUUAACCCCUGUUUUCACAACAGCCUUGAUGGUAUUAAUCAGGAAUUGGAAGAGGUGUUUGUAAAGGAACAAGGAGACGAGGAGCUUGUCAGGAUUCUGGAUGUCCCAGAUGGCCACAGGGCCCCAGCCCCACUCCAGGGAGUCAUGCAAGACUCCUUACUGCUCCAGCUGGAUCCCAACAGUAGCAGCUGUAGCAGCCUUUCUCUUUCUCCAUCCCCUUCAGCUGCAUCCAUGCAGUCUCCAAAAACUCCUGCCCGAGCAACAAUAGAGGAGGCCUCUCCCAGUGUGGUAGACAGACCCGUGCAGGAUACAAAGGGAAAAGAAGACAGUAACACUUCUCCAGUUGUUGCCUUUGCUCUGUCUCCUCGUCCCAACCACACCUAUGUGUUCAAGCGAGAACCUCCAGAGGGUUGUGAAAAAAUCCGUGCUUUUGAUGAAGUGAUGUCACCAUGUCCUGAUCAGCCUUUCCUGCCAUCCUGUCCUGAUAAGAACAAAGUCCACUUCAACCCGACCGGGUCUGCCUUUUGCCGAUUCAGCUUGGUGAAGCCUCUUAUUCCCAAUGUAGAGUUCCUGUUCAGAGACUUCCCUUCGUCUGCCAGUCCCAUGCCACCAGGCUCGUUCUCCUCAUGCCUGCCUACUUCCACAGUCCCAGUCCCCAGUUUGCAGAAAGACUCAAGGGGAGACGGUUUCAGUGAGGCCCCUCUGUCACCUCCACUGAACUUGGAACCGUCGUGGAACCGGCACCAGACUGAAGACAGUGUCCUCUUCCAUAGUUCUUUGGUUGUUUGAAGCUCAGGAAGUAAGGAAGACCCAAAAUCAAUCUGUGGUCCUUCUGUGGCCUGUGGAAAAAAGAGUGCCUUGGAAUUGGGAAAACUGAGCACUCCCAACAAACAGCCUUAAAAGUGCAGAUUGCCAAUCUUUUGUAACCACAAUAGGUUUGAUUCCUCUUAACCCCUGGUACUUAACACCCUUCCCUUCCCUAUGGGUUUGCGUCAGUUGUCCUUCUGCUAUUUCAAUGUCCAAAGAGCACCUAGUUUUCUCUAAUGGGAUAUUUUCACUAGGAGCCAUCAGAUUUGUGUCUCUGUUCGCUUGCUUAAUGGGGCAAGAGCUCAUUUAUAGUUCUUUAUUAAUGAUCUUAUCUUUCUCAGGCUUCCUUUGAACUAGGGAGUACAGAAGAGCUUACACAUAGCCAGAGGCGGUAUGCACUGAUUUGGUGGAGGACACCUGGGAAAAUAGUAGAGUCGGACAGUCUGUUUCCAGGGAUGUUAAUUAUACAAAAAUCCACAUUUAAGCCUCCUUUUUUGUACCUCUUUUUGACCUCUAUGGAAGUCGCAGGAACACAAUCGCCAAAUGCUUGAAGCAUUUUUCUUUUAAUGUUCAUGCUGUAACAGGUAGCUGAACAAGCAAACAUUCAGCUAGUGUGCCUUUUUGAGGUAGAUGCCUUCAGAUGGGUUUUCUUCUCUUAUGGAACAGGAACAGGGAAUCUCCUGAGAAUGUUGCUUCUACUAGAGUUCUGGAGAAGGAGACUGAAGUCCUAGGUUUGAAUUUCCCUGGUGGAAUGCAACUAUUUAUGGAAGGAGUAUAUAUUAUCUUUUCUUUUUAAAAUUACAGUAAGUUGGUUGGUCUAGCUACUGUCUUACACUCCUCCUCCUCUAACACGUGAGUUUGGGGAAUCUGCUUAACAUCAAUACCAACUUUUAAUGCACAUGCAAACACUCCAGAGAUCUGAGGCUCACUCACACCUACAUUUUGUGUCUUCCCCACCCACAAUAGAAAGGCCUUAGACCUGGUGUUGCCUUGACUGCAAAGUAUAUAAAGAAUGAGAGUGACUUUUCUUUGGUCAUGUUAAAACUUUUUGAUUGUAUUGAAAGGGUUUUCUUGAAUCUGAGAUUGAAAAACUAUAUUUUCAUUUGAAAACCAUAUUUUUGCAACUACUUUUGAAGUUUUGUAAUUUUAAUGUAUGUAUCACAAAAGGCUGAAUGGAGAAAAUGUUAGCCUCAGAGGGUUUUUUGGCCUUGUGUUGAGUUAGGGUUUUGCAUAUGUUGGUGUUUAAACCAAUUAAAAAAUUGUGCAUAUGA